AUGGGGUCUUCCGGCUGGGUGUUCAUCCUGUUGCAGCUCUGGGGCCUGCAGGAAGCUGUGAGCCUGAGUGUGCAGCAGUGGCCCCCACUGGUGAGGGUGACACAAGGCGAGGAGAUGCUGCUGUUCUGUGGGGUGAAGCAGAGUCAGGCCUGGGAGAGACUGCGUGUGGAGUGGGUCCGGGACAGCGUCGUUUUUUGCCACCUGCUCAUCUCCAAUGGCAGCCUCAACCCUGGGGGCUGUGGGUCUCGGGGACAGCUGUCCUGGUGGCCGCCUGCCAACCUCAGCCUGCGGCUGGGCCACGUGAGCCUCAAUGACAGUGGGGACUACGUGUGCCGGGCCACCCUGGAGAUCCCCAAGUUGCAGGAGGCCGAGGGCAAUGGGACCAAGGUCCUCGUAGAGGCAGGUAUGAACGGGGAUGAAGUGGUGUUCGGGAACUGUUCUGUGUGGCUCAUCACCCGAGGAGUAGCCAAAUUAGCACGCUGUGGGGGUGGGGAGCAGCUGCAUCCAGGGGGCUUCUCUACCCCCAACAGCCUCCAGGGUCCCCUGCCAGCAUCAGCGGCUGCAAAAGGAGGGAACCGCUUCCUUGCAGGUGGCCUCCAGUUGAAGGAAACCUCCGGCCCUUCAGGGCUCCUGUUGGUGCUUCUGGUGGCUGGGUGUGUGGUAGCAGCCUUGGUGGUGCUUGGUGCUGUGUUGUGGGGUCUCAGCAGGUGUCGACGGGAGGACUCGGGUGAGAGCACCUGCCCAGGUCAAGUGCCCCCAGGAAAUUCUUUCUACAGCAAUGUCCUCUACCGGCCCCGGGAGACUCCACACAGGCCUCAGGCCCGGUCGAAGGAGAGCGACACAGCAAGGGACCAGAGAGCCCAGGCUAUCUAUUUCACCACCUUCCCCAAACCUGCCCCACGCCAGCAACUUCCGGUCUCCAAACCCAGCCCCAGGGCCAGGCCUGGCCACCCCAUCUCUGUCCACCGUGCGUCUCCUGCAAGCCCCAGGAGGUAGGGGCAGGCCACAUGCCAAGAGGGAUCCUCGAAGUCAAAAAAAGGCAUGGAGACCCCUGAGGACCUGGACAAAUUUGGACCUGGACAAGAGUUAUGUGAGGGUGGCACUGUUUCUAUAAAGGGAGGGGGCGUCCAACGGCUACUGGGACAUCAAUGACAUGAUCCAGGGACUGUCAAUAAAGGAUCCUUUCAGUUCUGUGAUGGGAA